AAAAGGAACGUUCGUGCCCCUGCCCUGCGGGAGCGGGGCCGUGGGAAGGCCGCUCAGCCCCCGGCGCCGGGCGGGCCCACCUGCGCACAGCAGCUCCAACAGGCCCGGCCGCGGCCCGCCCGCCGCCAUGUCGCACCGCGUCGCCACGGUAACGGCGGCGCCAUUCCCGGGGCGGGGCGGCGGACGCGGGGCCGUUCUCGUUCCGGGGCGGCGCGCUGCACGUGGGCCGCGGCAGGUAAGGGAAUGACAGUCAAUAAAAAGAGAAAACGAGUUCAUGAGGAACCUGCACAGAGAAAGAAAAAAGUGAGAAGCAGUGGGAGCCAGACUGUCACUAAAACUGAGAAAAGAAUUCAGGCUGUCACUGAAGCAGAGGAUGAUGACUGGUUUGAGACAAAAACAAAGGCAAGGAAGAAGGAAAGUGUAAAAGAAGAUGAAUGUUCAGACCAAUUAAAUCUGAAGAAGAAUAAAAACAAAAAAAGGAAAGUUAGCUUUGAAUUGCCAAAAGAAGCAUGUUCAGAAGAUGCUGUGUAUUUAGAAGGCCAUCAGGAUUUAGAACCAGAAGAAGAAUCAGAGGUACAGUGUUCAAAAGGUAAAGUGUUCAAAAAGAAGAGAAAAAAAGAUCCACGUCAUGCCUCCUUAUCUCUGGAGAGUAAACAGAAUAGUGAUGUGGAGCUUUCAAGUCAUUAUUCAGAUGGUAUUCAGGAAAAUAAAUUUGCUUUCACAAAAAGCAGAAAGAAUAACACUUUGAAUUUAAAUCUGGAUGGUGAAGUAACUAAGAAAAAAAAGAAGAAAGACAUUUUUUCUUUAGCAUUAGCAGACAUCCAGGACAGUGAAUGUAAACAGUCUCAAAAAGAUUGUAAAGAAACAAAUGUGCCCACUUCAGAAGGAGGAUCUAUUACUGGUGAAAGUCAUGGAACAGAUACUAUGCAUAAUGAUGGGAAGGGUUAUGUGAGAAGAAAGAAGAAGAAGAAAAAGAAGUCUGACUCCUUUUUGCCACCAGCAGAUCAUCAUAACAACAUCUCUGCAGUUCGUUAUAGUCCCACUGUAUUAAGCAACUUCAGAAAAAGGCACAGAAAGGAAAUUAGAUUGACAGAUAAAGAGGAAAAGGACAGUACUGAGAACCCAGAAAGUAUCAGAGAGACCAAGAAGAAGAAGAAGAAAAAGAAAAGCAAAGACGUUUCCUCCUUAAAGUACAAAGAUGAUCAGUGCUACAGUCAGAGAGUUCUUGAUAAGCAUCUCCCUACAUUGCAAGAAGUUGAGUCUCAGGAGGAAGAGCUUUCUGGAAAAAAAAUCUGGAAGAAAAGCAAGAAUAAUGAUGAAGCAACCAAGAAGAAAAAGAAAAGGAAGAUUCAAAAAGAUAAGGAAACAACUUUUUCAAAAGUUUAUUUAAGCAAUGACUGUGCAUCUAAAAGCCAAAAAAUAAUGCCGGUAGAAAGCAACAAAAAGAACAAAGAGAGGAAAAUGAAGCCAGCUGAAUGUGUCACAGGGGACACUGCAGGUGAUAGGGUGUUAUGCAAUUCUGAUCAUAUGCUCUCUGACAAAAAAAGGAAAAAAGUACCAGAGGACUCUGCUGAGGAGUCAAGAUCAAACGCAAAUAUAAAAAAGAAAAGGAUCAAAAUAGAAGACAGGGGUGAUAAGAUGUUGGAAGAUGUGGAUGAUGUAACUAUUGUGCAGGAAAAAAAAGGAAACUGUGAUGAAAUUAAUAUAGACAAGGUGAGGCGGCGGGCUCUACAAGAAGAGAUUGAUAGAGAAUCUGGAAAAACUAACGUUUUCAGCCCCGAAGUGAAAAUGGAUACAAAGAUUGGCCAGUGGAGUACAGCUGCUUUUCAAAGUUCUGAGCGAGGGAUGAAAUUUCUUCGACUGAUGGGUGGUUUCAAAAAGGGCUCUGCACCUGCGGAAGAUCUCUCUGUGACUACAAACAAACCGAACAUGGCUCUGAACAGGGAAGGGGAGGAGAAGUUACAGCAGGCUCUGAAGAUGGAAUUCGAUAAAGCAAUGGACUUGAAGCAACAUAGAAGAAUUGGUCUUGGAUUUCAACCUGCUGCCAACAAAAAAGUGUACAUAGACAAAUACGCAUCUAGAUCUUUAAAAUUUGAAGAUUAGAACUGAAGUAAUAGAAAGAAUGAAAACUCAACAGGGAAAUUUAUUUUUGCUUUCCACUUAUUUUUACUUGAAAUAAAAUAUGAAGUGUUCAAUAAAUUGUACUUAUGAGGCGUUUUUAGUAGAACUUUUCAGCUGAAUAUUGUAGUUUAUAUAGAGCUGUGUCCUCACUUGGACACACAUGGAGCUAAAAACAGUAGGUUCUCAAACCUUUCCAGCCUUUUCCACAGUCAAGAGAAAGUCUCCCUUGAUUUAAGAUACAUAGACAGUGCCUGCAAGAAGGUAAAAAUUGGUAACUUUUUUUUAAAACAAUGUUGAUUUCAGGAGCUUAUUUUUAGCUACAUCUUUGUGAUUCAGAAGGAUUUUAGUAUUCUGUAAAAUCUUCACAUUUUUAGACUCAGUGAGCAGUACAAACUCAUGGUGUUUUACUUGGAAGAAAUAUUACUUGUUUGCCUACAAAUUUGAUGAAGGGAGACUUAACUAUGAAAGUGGUUUCUCAAAUAUUAGCAUCUUCAUUAUAAUAAAUGCUCUUGAACUUCCUGUUUCAA